UCGUGUUUAACUGAAUAUGUGUAAAGUCUAUGCUUUUCGCCUUGCCCAAAUGAUUCCCCGGAGGUAAGAGAGUAUUGCAUCAUCGAUCUCGUCUCGCAGCGCUGCUUGCCGUCCGUCCCGAAUCAAUGCAGAAAGACGCAGAUGGUGUGAAAAUGACAGCAUCUGUCCUGAAGUACCACGACAAAAGGAUGCUUCCUUAAGGAGCAGCAGGGGGCUCAACGGCGGCCGACAUCUUUGUGGCUGCGAGGUGUGUGAACAUGUGAGCGCUGCCCUGAUUUUUUUUUUCUGUCCCACCGCUUCCACCGCAGCCCUCUAUCUGGAUUCUCCAGUAAACCAGGAAGAUGGCUGCCACGAAGGUCCUAACAAGCACUGGUCUCUUCUUGGCGCUUUUUGCGUUGGGAUUGCUGGCGAUCGCCAUCUGCACCGACUAUUGGUACGAGACGGAUGCGCGGAAGCACCGAGAGAGGUGCAAGAACUACGCCAACAAAAGAAACGACCCUGGAUACAUAUAUAUUUCCAAUCACAACCUUCCCCUGCGAAUGCCGCAAAAGGACGGUAGUGUAAAGGGGAGCGAUGCGCGUGCGGGGACCCUGUCCCGAUAUAAAAGGCACUUCUUGGCAGCUGCUUCUGCGAUGGAGUCUCACUGCAGCCGGCAGUUCAACUCCACCGUCUCCGGCUUGUGGAGAAAGUGUCACCGAGAUGGAUUUGAUCUGGAGACUGACGAUCUCAUCUCCAAAGGGCUGAUUCACCGUUGCACACCAGUCAAGUACCACUACUCCUCUUCCAUCCUUCCUCGGAACCUACCUGUUAACAUCACCAAGACAAUACGGCAAGAUGAGUGGCACGCCCUGCACCUGAGGAGAAUGACGGCAGGCUUUAUCGGCAUGGCGGUGGCCAUCAUCCUGUUUGGAUGGAUUGUCGGAGUACUGGGUCGCUGUCAGCUGCAUGAUUUAAUGCAGUACGUAGCUGGCCUGCUCUUCCUCAUGGGAGGAACAUGCUGCAUCAUCUCCUUGUGUACCUGCGUGGCGGGAAUUAACUUUGAACUGUCCCGUUACCCGCGAUACAUGUAUGGAGUACCAGAGGACAUCAGCCAUGGUUACGGUUGGUCCAUGUUCUGCGCCUGGGGUGGGCUGGGCCUCACCCUGCUGGCUGGAUUCCUCUGUACACUUGCACCAUCUCUCAGUGGCCCCCACACAAUGGUUCACAAGGCCAGACAGGAAAAUGGCUGUGUGUGACCAUCAGAGUAAGCUAGCUCCAAGCAGCACGUGGGUCUGACCCCCGCCUUCCAUCUUUCCAUCCUUCAAAAUACAAAGUGCAAAUGAAAGCUGGGAGUCUAAGGUGGGCCAGAUGUUCACUGCUCCAGAACCAUUUUGACUGCAGACCAACAGCACGCUGCCUGACAGGAACUGAACCAGACUGUCAGGCAGCAACUGUGUUUUGAAUUCUCUUACAAUGGUGCUCUAUAUCCCUCAUAUGCUUUUUGCCUCCUGGGAUUAAAAAAAAAAAUCAAGAAAACUGUGCAAAGCAAACAGAAACUAAAUGGACAAAUUGAGGAAGCACUUGUCUGUGUCUGGGUGAACUGAACUGUGAUUGUGACUUGCUCAGACAAUGAAGGAAGAAAGAAAAAAUUAUGCUGGUAUAACCUUGCAAUCAUUAUGGACCUUAAAAUAUUAUAGUCUAAGGCUAUUUAUUUGUUUGUUUGUUUGUUUAUUUGUUUGUUUAUUUAAGUAAUGAAUUAGGAGCUUGAAGCAAACAGGAGAAACACUGAAAAAUUAUAAUUAUAGAUUGGGUUUAAAAAAAAAAAGACUCCUCUUUAUAAUUCCCAAGAUGUGGUUUGUUCAUGUGCAGUUCUGCCGAAAUGCCUUCUUUGUAGGCCUUGUAGAGGAAUUCCUAUGGUGUAAUACUGAAGUAUAGGGCCCUUGAAUCGCUGGUGGUUUCCUGAAAUGAACGAGGACCUUUUUUAGUUUGAAGUAUGGCAGUACGAAUAUCGGUCAUGUCGUUGAUCCAAAACAGAAGAGAGAGGUAAACGCUAAUGCUUGAAUCCAUGAGUGUGGAUAUGGAGAGUGGAGCCAUAUUUAGGUAUGUUUACGUGAUCGUACUCAUUUGCCUUUUUCUGUUUACGGAGUGAAUGUAUCACCAUGUGUUCGUGUAUCUGCUCAACCAUUUCAAAUAUGAAACAUGCCAUUGCAGAGGUGAGGUCCUCCCAUGCCACAUCCCACAUGCAGAAACAGGCCUCCGUGCCACAUCCCACAUGCAGAAACAGGCCUCCAUGCCACAUCCCACACGCAGAAACAGGCCUCUGUGCCACAUCCCACACGCAGAAACGGGCCUCCAUGCUACAUCCCACAUGCAGAAACAGGCCUCCGUGCCACAUCCCACACGUACAAACAGGCCUCCGUGCCACAUCCCACAUGCAGAAACAGGCCUCCAUGCCACAUCCCACAUGCCGAAACAGGCCUCCGUGCCACAUCCCACAUGCUGAAACAGGCCUCUGUGCCACAUCCUACACGCAGAAACAGGCCUCUGUGCCACAUCCCACAUGCAGAAACAGGCCUCCGUGCCACAUCCCACAUGCAGAAACAGGCCUCCGUGCCACAUCCCACACGUAGAAACAGGCCUGACGCCCCGCCCCUCCUUCUGAGUCUGUCUGCCGGCCAGAAGAGGCACUUUUAAAGUUACAGUAUUGUAGUAUAUUUUGCAAGUAGGUAAUAACACACUUAAAUUCAGGGAGACCUUGUAAAUAAGAGUGGAGAAUCCAUUUUUUGCACAUUAGAAAGCACAUUUUUCAACAUUCUGCUUCAACAUUUUUCAAUUUCAGAACUGAUGACUAGCUUAAAGGACCUUUUGAAUACUUGUAUUAAUAGAAAUAGCAAAUUGUGAUUUAUAAAGUUUUCACUACCUAUGAUACUGUGUGUGACUUGUCUCCUAUAGUAUGCGUUGUGUCACAUUCCAGCUGUUACCCAGGGGGGGCUUUGCGUGCUCGCGGCGAUUGGCGUUAUUGGACCACAUUUAGAAGGUUGCCAAACAUAUUCAAUCUGCUUAAAAGCCUAAAGCCUGGGUACCCAUGAGUCUGUAUGUUUUCAGCUGGACCUUAGUUCAGGCCUAUCAUUCUCCUGCCUUUCACACAGUAAUACCGAGUAGCACGUGUAACACAAGUAAGGGAUUAGAAAGACACACAUUUCUGUCAGUCCGUUUGUCUUUUGCGGAGGGACAAAAUGCUGUCUUCUUCGUUUAAUUUUGCCACGGCUGCUCAUUCCUCAGAUUGCACAACCUUUUUUUGCUGCUCAAGCAAAAACAAUCAGAGCAUAGUCAUACGCGUGGUAUGUUCAGGCAUAUCUUCACAGCUGAGUAAAGUGUUUAUCGGCGAUAUCGGUUUUGGUUCGCUUUUGCAAUGUGGGUGAACUAUUGAUCCUGUCGAGAGUGCUGCUGAAGGAGAAACAAAGUGUCUUAAAACAGCAAAAGUUACAGAUCGCGAUCCUAAAAGCCUUCCGAAGGUGUACAGAGAACACAGCAAGAGCAGCGGAGGUCUUCAUUGGAGGGCGAAGGCCGGCUUAGAGCUACUGAAGCAUGACGUCAACGCUGGAACUUCGAUUCCCCGUGAUUAAUCACUGCUGUUACAGCAGGGUCCCCACACCGAAAGUGCAAUGUACUGUAUUGUGGAGUGUUACGUUGGAAAAAGGGGUCGAUGAUUAUAAUAAAAUGAGCUGAUUAAAAGUUUGUUUACUGCCAAAAUAAGGAACACUGGACGACAAACAAUGUAAUGAGCUCAUUUUAGUGUAAAAGGUACUUAAGGUGAGUGUAUAUUGUGAAUGUGCUUUCCAUUUGUGAGAAGGAAGAAAUGUAUUAAUACAGGUUAUAUUUCUCAUAUCAAUAGUUGUUUUUUUCAAGCAUCAUCUUCACUUUAUAUUAUUUUUUUUAUGGUGGCAUUUGCACUGGUGAACAAAGGCAUUAAUCUAGCAUGAAAUCAUGAUUCAUUCAUUUUAGUGUAUAUAGAAUUGUGACUUUUUUUAUUAUUA